AUGACCACCUUAACGGACGAGCAAAGCGCACAAUCUCACCCCACCCGCACUCGGUCAUUCGGGGGGUGCACUACGUGUCGAAGCCGGCAUGUGAAAUGCGACGAAGGCCGCCCAGCAUGCGCCAUGUGUCGGUAUUUCGGGUUCGUCUGUGCGGGCUACGAGAAGGGUAUCUUUUUUGACUUUGAGAAUUCGACGGACGAAAGACGCUUCCGUCGGCCCUUGCUGACCGAGGCGGAACGAGAGCGCAUGAGCCAAUGGCUCGUUUCAAGCGUCCCACCGGAAUCUGCCCUACAAUUAUUGACUCGUAUUGAUGAUCUAUGUGAGAAGGCGGCUCCUUGCCGUGACCUCCAGGUGGACUGUGGGCCUUUUGGAGCAUUCAGAUUGAGUCAAUUGCCCUCUGCUCCUUCACCGGAUGUUGUUCCAGAAGAAUCGUCGGUCCCAUCUACCAGUAGCCCUCCAGAAGACGUGGUUAGAUUCGACGACGAUUUCACAGUUCCUUCGGAUCCCCCAUUGACGCCCCGUACUCAAAGAAUAAUCGAGUCUAUAUUUGGCCAGUCUGAGCAGGCACCCAGCACGACAUCCCCGGAUGGUGGGGACAUGGAAAUGGAUCAUUGUCGCAUUGAAGCAGUCCUCAAUGAUGCACCUCUCUCUAGCUUUCAAGAUUUUCCUAUGACAUCCAUGACAGAAGAGCAGCAAUUCCCUCAAUACCCGCAAAGUGCUGAUCUAACUCAAAUACCGCCACCGAACCCCUCUUUCUCUUUGACGACUACCAGCAAAGCAGUCCCUCAAGAUGUGAUGCUCCUACUAAAGCACUAUACAACAACAGUGAUCAGCCUGAUGACUCCUGUCCGACACGCAAAAACACCCUGGCACAUUCUAUUCAUUCCCCACGCCAAGACCUGUCUAGCAGCCCUCACUCUAGGAGAAGAUUUAGACAACGCCAGCCUAACAGCCUUCUACGGUACACUGGCAAUCAGUGCCUUCAGUCUCGGCGGCCUCUCCCAGUCGCAGAUGUGGCUCGUCCAAGGAGACGCAUACAGACAGCAGGCGCUAAAACAUGCCAGACUAAUGCUGAGGACGGCAUACGACGUUCCGAAGGUAGCCAAAUACAAAUCCAUGAUGAUCGCACUUCUCACCAUUGUCUACGUAUCAAUGUUCUCGGUCGACCGCGAUCAAACAGAAUAUUUCUUUCUGGAAACAGAAAGACUCAUAAGGUUACGAGGCCUGAAACGGAAAAAGUCAAGGAAGGUCCGUCUUCUCCAUCACUGCUACGCCUUCGAGCGCUUCUUCUAUGAAAGUACCUUUACCGGCGGUAUGAACUCACGACAACGCCAUUACUUCCGCCGAUCCAUUGAAUCAAGUGGACUGGCUCAAUACAGUCGAGAUGACCUUUCCUUCCGGCUCCGCGGAUGGGAGAAUCUCGAUCAAGAGAUGAUGGAAGUCAAGAGUCAAGAAGACGGGGAAAAUGACUUACAUCUCGAACGACCCGGGAUAUUCUCAGCAACACUCUACCCCGAGAUCUUCGGCGUCCCGGAGCCAUGGGUCCUGCUGCUAUCACUGGUGAUUCGACUUGGGAGGGAAAAGGAUAUCGCAGAGAGCCAUGACCUACCGAAUCCCCUGACAUUGAAAGACUUUUCGAGUCGAGCGAAGGCAAUCGAGAGGCGGAUCAAUAACCUCGAACGGCCAAGCCAAGCCCAGUUUGAUGAGCAUUUAAACAAUAUGCUCGACGCAAUGUACCACGCACUGUCUAUCUACUUCUACCGAAGGGUGUAUGAUAUGGAAGCCUCGAUGCUCCAGCAGAAGGUCAUUGCCGUGCGGGAUUGUCUGUGGCGGUGUGCAGAUCCCACUGUGUUGCAUGUCUCUGCGGGGUUUAUGUGGGCUGCUUUUAUUGCUGCGUGUGAGGCUGAUGAUGGGGAGCUGCAGAAGUCGUUUUCGAAAUGGUUCAAGGACUCUGCCCAGCGAAGUGGGUUAUCCUCGUUCCGGGAGACAUUGGCUAAAAUUGAGAGGAUCUGGAGGGAGAGGUGUUGUGGGAAUGGGAUCAGUGCAACAUGGCUUAAUUCAAUGAGAAUGGACGCUCCGUUCACGGUAGGGUAG